UUAUAUGCAUAUCCAGCAAAGGGAAAGUCGCUGAAGAAACAUCAAAACAGUUCAUCUAGCAACUGGGUUGUGAUUAUGGAUUCUUCUAAUGCAUCAAAUUCAAAUACGGCAAACACUACCUGUGAUUUAUUGCCCUCUUCUUCGGCUACUCAAACUAAAGAUCCAGCAUGGGAAUGGGGUGAACGCCAAGACCUAGCAAAUCAAAAUAUAAUUACUUGUUUGUUAUGUAAGAAAUUAAUUCGUGGUGGUGGAAUUACUAGGCUUAAGGAGCAUCUUUUACAUAUUAAAGGGAAUGUUUCUUCAUGUCCAAAUGUGUCCAUUGAUAUUAUGAACAAAGUUGGUCUGGUGAAUUCUGUAAAGAGGACCAAAAAAGCUCAUAAGGAUAACAUUGAUUUAGCGUAUCGGCGUGCAAACAACUCAGAUGAAGCCUCUGAUGCUGAUACCGAUGUUGAAGAACAAGAAGUUGAAAUUGAUGGCAAUAUGGGCAGUCGUGGUGCUGGUGCUAGUGCUGACAGACCACAAAAAACUCAACAGGCCACUCUUGAAAGAGACUCAGCUGUGAAAGAGAAGUUAAUGAAGACUGCAUGGAAAUGCAUUUCAGCUUGGAUGACUGAGAAUUCAGUAUCAUUUAACACUGUUCGUUGCCCAAGUUUCAAAGAAAUGAUAUAUGCAAUAGGCGACUAUGGGAAAGCUAUGCCCCCACCAUCUUACCAUCAGAUUCGUACGAAUCUUUUCAAGGACCGGUUAGUAGAAAUGAAGAAAUUUGUUGAUACAUUUAGGGAACAUUGGAAGAGGUUUGGAUGUUCUAUCACGUCUGAUGGCUGGACAGAUGGGAAAAAGCGACAUCUUAUUAACUUUUUGGUGAAUUGUCCGAAAGGGACAGUUUUUUUGAAGUCUGUGGAUGCGUCAAACAGAACCAAUGAUGCUGAUUUUAUACGUGGGCUUGUAAAGGAGGCAGGGAAAGAUUUAAUGCUUGAAUACCCAAAUAUGUUUUGGACUCCUUGUGGUGCUCAUUGUGUUCAGUUGAUGCUAGAAGAACUUGGUGGCAAGCUUCCACGAAUCAAGACAGCCGUCAUUCUAGGUAAGAGACUCGUUACAUAUAUUUAUGCUCAUUUUCAAGUAUUAAGCUUAAUGAGGGAGAUGAUCGGUGGUGAAUUACAUAGGUCUACAAAGACUAGAUUUGCAACUCAGUACUACAUACUAGAAAGUCUUGCAAAGUAUAAAACCCAUUUGCAAAUAAUGUUUGUGAAUGAUAAGUGGUUGAAAAUGAGGUUUGCAAAAGAAACUUUGGGAAUUAAUGUACUUAAAAUUGUCACAAGCGGUACAUUUUGGGAAGAUGUUGAUUAUUCUUGUAGAGUGCUAAAGCCUUUGGUUAAGGUUGUAAGGUUAGUGGAUAUCGAGCGCAAACCUACAAUGCCUUGUUUUUAUGAAGCAAUGAGGAUAGCAAGGGAGAAACUCGAGGAGAAUUUCAGUCAAGAUGAUAGUACUUGGGCUGUAAUUAAGGCUAUCUUUGAUAAAAGAUGGAAGAAUAACUUCAAUCAUGCUCUACAUUGUGCUGCAUAUUAUUUAAAUCCUUCCAUAUUCUACAAAGUCCCUGCUCAUCUAAUGGAUAAUGAUCUUAAGUACAUAGAAAUUAAAAGGGGACUUCAUACAGCAAUGCAAAGGCUUAUUCCCAAUGAAGAAGAUCUUGAGAAAGCUACAACUGAAUUGAGAGACUACAGUGAUGCUAACGGGAUCUUGGGAACUCCGGUUUGCAAAAAAAGAAGAUAUAAAGAUCAACCUCAUGAUUGGUGGAUUACAUAUGGAGGAAUCGAUACCCCAAACCUACAAAAAUUUGCAAUAAGGGUAUUGAGUCUUACUUGUUCUGCUUCCCCGUGUGAGCGAAACUGGAGCACAUUUCAGAAUUUGCAUUCAAAGAAGCGAAAUCGCAUAAAGCAACAAAAAUUGAAUGAUAGCGUCUUUAUUCAAUACAACAAGAAAUUGGAACGUCGAUACAAAGAAAUCAGUCAAUAUAAUGAUGAUCCGAAAGCUCAUGAUCCCAUUUUUCUGGAUGAGCGUGAUGACAAUGAUGAAUGGUUGGCUUUAGAGAAUUUGGAUGACUUGGUUGUACAAGGAGAUAAUGUUAUUUUGGAUGAUUUGCAAGAUAUUGUUGGUGAAAAAGGUAUGCCAGUUGUUGGUAAAAGUGCUUGUAUCUCCCGACGCAAAUCUACUUAUCCAACUGACUCUGAAUAUAGUGGAUAUGAUACUGAUGACUUGAUGUUGGACUCUAAUUAUGGACUACUUGGUGGAGAUGAUGGAGCUACGGAAGAUUAUGAUGUCUAUGAUGAAUCGAAUGAUUUUGAUUAA